AUGUUUGAUAAAUCAUUAGCUCAGGAUGGUGAUAAGUCAUCGUUGAUAUCAGUGAUACUUAAAAUGAUAUUCAUAGCAAUACUAUGCGCAAGUUCACUACCGCUUAUUUAUAUAAUUAGACAAAAAAAACUCAUAAGUCUCAACAGUCAAUUCAAAAAUAUCGACCGAGUGUUGAACAAGUGCGCGAAUUAUGAAAUUCAGAAUAAUCAUGUCAAUGAUUUUAUAUUUAUAGCCAAUUUGUUGAUCACUUAUUGCUUAAUAUCAAUGUGUUUUUUUUACUAUUCAGCAUCGAUAGUAUUCUUUGUAAAUAUACCAACAGUAAUUAGUAGCGGGGUAAUAAUACAGUACGCAAUGAUUCUUAAUAGAGUCGACAAAAGAUUCAAAAGCAUCAACUCGACUAUUUCGAGAUUGGUUAAGUUUAAAUCGAAGGCAACUCAACCACAAAUAUUAGUUGUGACCUAUGAAGUACUGUCGCGUGAAUCGUUUUUUAAUGAUGUUGAAAAUCUUAAAUAUGCUUACAUGGAGUUGUGGGAAAUGUGUCAAGAUAUUGGCGAUUUUUACGGAGUUCCCAUUUUGAUUGCCAUGUUCUGUUUCGCUGUACUAACUAUUAUUCAUGUAUAUAUUAUUAUUUUAUCAUUAUUUAAUGCACUCGCUAUACAUAAUGAUUGGCCAGUGGAUACAACACGUUUUCUAUGGAUUAUUUUUCUGUUCAUUGUGUUAACUUCAAGUAUCACUAAAAUAAAGAAACAGAAUAAAAAAUUGGGGCGAACGAUAAAUUUACUAACGGAUCAGAAUUCCAUGGAUGAGAGAAUAAAAACUAAACUAUCGAAAUUUUCGAGUGACCUCCGAAGUUUGAAGAUUGAAUUGACUGCUUGCGAUAUCAUACCUUUAGAUUGUAGGCUUCUAGCAAUCAUUACCGGCACAAUUGCAACUUAUCUCAUUAUUAGCAUACAAUUUGCUCUUAAUGUGCCACCUGAUUCAUAAAAUAAAAAUUUAUUACAGUUUUUUAUACAAAACUUCGUG